CUUUCCACACACAGUGCCAUGGCCAGCGAGAGUCCCGAGGGCGAGCACCCGUCCGUGACGCUCUUCCGCCAGUACCUGCGCAUCCGCACUGUCCACCCGGAGCCUGAUUAUGGGGCUGCCGUGGCCUUCCUUGAGGAGAGAGCCUGUCAGCUGGGCCUGGGCUGUCAGAAAGUGGAGGUGGCACCUGGCCGUGUGGUGAUUGUGCUGACCUGGCCGGGCACCAACCCCACACUCCCCUCCAUCUUGCUCAACUCCCACAUGGAUGUGGUACCUGUCUUCAAGGAGCACUGGAGUCAUGACCCCUUUGAGGCCUUCAAGGAUGCCGAGGGCUACAUCUAUGGCAGGGGUGCCCAGGACAUGAAGUGUGUCAGCAUCCAGUACCUGGAGGCUGUGAGGAGGCUGAAGGCCGAAGGCCGCCGUUUCCCCAGAACUAUCCAUAUGACCUUUGUGCCAGAUGAGGAGAUCGGGGGCCACAAAGGCAUGGAACUGUUUGUGCAGCGGCCUGAGUUUCAGGCCCUGAGGGCUGGCUUCGCCUUGGAUGAGGGCCUGGCCAGCCCCACCGAUGCCUUCAGUGUCUUUUACAGCGAGCGUAACGUUUGGUGGGUACGGAUCACAUGUUCUGGGAAGCCCGGCCAUGGCUCGCGUUUCAUUGAGGACACAGCAGCAGAGAAGCUGCACAAGGUUAUAAGCUCGAUCUUGGCCUUCCGGGAGAAGGAGAAGCAGAGGCUGCAGUCAAAUCCCCACCUGAAGCUGGGGGCCGUGACCUCUGUGAAUCUGACUAAGCUAGAGGGCGGCGUGGCCUAUAACGUGGUACCUGCCACCAUGAGCGCCAGUUUUGACUUCCGUGUGGCACCCGAUGUGGACUUGAAGGCUUUCGAGGAGCAGCUGCAGGACUGGUGCCAGGCGGCUGGCGAUGGGGUCACCUUCGAGUUUGCUCAGAAAUGGAUGGAGCCCAGAAUUACAAGUACUGACAACUCAGACCCCUGGUGGGCAGCAUUUAGCGGGGCCUGCAAGGACAUGAACCUCACUGUGGAGCCCGAGAUCUUCUCUGCUACCACCGACAGCCGCUAUAUCCGUGCGGUGGGGGUCCCGGCCCUGGGCUUCUCGCCCAUGAACCGCACGCCUGUGCUGCUGCAUGACCAUGAUGAACGGCUGCAUGAGGCCGUGUUCCUCCGUGGGAUCGACAUAUACACCCGCCUGCUGUCUGCCCUAGCCAGCGUGCCUGCCCUGCCCCACGCGACAGCUGAGCCCCAUGCUCCCCACCUCUACCCUGGAGCUUCCACCCAGACCAGUGCCAAGGACCCCACUGUCCCCCACCACGCCAAUAAAAUCUGAGUGUAGGCAGGGGCCGCCUCUAAA